AUGACAUGAAUGGAUGGGCCGGACACACCUUCCAUCCCGGUCGAGAAAACCUUGUCCGGAUCUGCAGACUGUUCCCGGACGCUGCCAGGGGAGCCGCUGAGGGCCAAGAACGCACCCGGCAGCUCCGAUCCUGCCUGCACCCUCUCCCUGUCCCUGCGCACUCGCCCCCCACAGCUCCCCGGGCAGCAGGCGCGCACCAUGCUGCCCAGCGCUGUGGCGGCCCAGGCCGGAGCUUACUGGGAUGUGGUGGCGUCCUCGGCACUCCUCGGACUCCCCGCGCCCGGCUUUGGCAGUCUGGGCAAGAGUUUCCUGAUCGAGAACUUGCUGCGCGCAGGGGCCGGACCCACGCACGCGCCCCCGUCCCCGCGCCCAGCGCCGGGUCCCGAGUGUCCGCAGCUUCGGCCGCUGCCUGCCAGCCCGGUGCCGCUCAAGCUGUGCCCGGCCGGACCCUUUGGUGCGCGCUGGGCCUUCCAGAUGCCCCCUUCCAGGGCGCCGGGGGAGCGGGACAGUGCCUUCCAGCCCUCAGCCCCAGUGCCUUCCAAACCCUUCCUUCUGAGCGCCCCGCCAUUCUACUCUGUGUGCUGCGGUGGGUCCUGCAGACGCCCAGCCUCCCCCACAGCUUUUUCAAGAGAAGAGCAUGGGCUGCCUCUGCUGACCCAGGACUCAAAUUCCAAAGCUCGAAGGGGGAUUUUAAGAAGAGCUGUGUUCUCAGAGGACCAGAGAAAGGCUCUGGAGAAAAUGUUUCAGAAGCAGAAAUACAUCAGCAAAACAGACCGAAGGAAACUCGCUGUCAGCUUGGGACUGAAGGAGUCACAGGUGAAGAUUUGGUUCCAGAACAGAAGGAUGAAAUGGCGGAAUUCCAAAGAAAAGGAAGUGCUCUCCAAUAGAUGUCUCCAAGAAGCGAGCCUUCAGGAGGACAGGUUGGCACGGCCUGCCGUGGGCUGUCCUCUGGAGUGUCCUUCAGUGUGGGAAGUCUCCCAUCCACACUCAAGUCCAGGCUGGAGGGAGGAAUCUCCAGAAUCUGCAGAAAGACUGACCCAGGAGAAUUCAGGGGUACCAGAAGCAAAUUCACUCCGAGGUGCCUUGUAUCUGUGCCCUGAGAAGGGACCUAGAGACAAGGAUGGACUUCAUAGCACCAUAUGACAGGAACAUUGUCUGUGUUCAUCUAAAAGAAUCCCUAGCCAGUAACAUUUGGAUUAAAGCCAGAUAGAUUGUGCCUCAAAACUGCCUUAAACUAAUACCUUGGCAUGAUGCCUGAGCUGAUGCCCAAGGAAAGCCACCCCACUGUUUCUUAUUUAGCCCUAGACUAAGGCUCAAUGUAUAAAUGGAGUAGAACCUUCCACAAGGUGUGAUAAGACUGAAAGAAGAACCAGGGUCAGCCCAGAGCCUGUUCUGAAUACAUGUAUAUAUACGUGUGUCUUUGUGUUUGUAUGUAUAUGCUCAUUAAAUACAUCAGCAGAAACCA